AUGAAAGAAGUGAACAACUACACUGGCGCAAUCGCAUGCUGUGCCAUGCUGAUCAUUGGAAUUUCAACUAUCACAUAUUUCAUGCGGAGGUACUAUGAACUCUUCUACAUGUUGCACAUAAUCAUGUUCAUUUUGAUUAUGAUCACAGUCGGAAUGCACCGUCCGAAAUUUUCAACCUCAACGCUUAUUAUUGUCAUUUUCACUGCCUCUCUUUGGGCCAUGGACCGCAUCAUCCGCAGCGCAAAGAUAGUCUGGAACUUCUUCGGAAAUUCCCUCACUGUCACAGCUUUGCCCAACAAUGCCAUUCGGGUAAAACUCAGCCGUCGCAUGCACUCCACUCCAGGUUCCCAUGCCUUGUUGUGGGUUCCUGCCAUCCGCUGGGUUGAAAGCCAUCCGUUCACUCUAGUAUCUUCGAAUCCGCCCGAGUUUGUUGUUAGAGUGUAUGAUGGCUUCACGCGGGAUCUGUAUAAAGCCGCCCAAGAAGCGCCAGGGAGAUCUCUACGCUGUUCUGUGGACGGUGCAUAUGGUCAAGUCCCUAACUUCAAAGUGUUUGACAAGGUCGUCCUUGUCGCCGGUGGCAGCGGUGCUAGCUUCACUUUUGCUAUUGCACUAGACCUGAUCGAGGCGUCCAAAAAAGUCGUGAAGGCGAUUGACUUUAUCUGGAUAGUGAGACAUAAAGAGAGCCUCGAAUGGUUUGCCCAAGAGCUCAAACAACUUCAAUCGCAUCCAGAAGUCAAUGUCUUCAUUUACGUCACCCGUCAGGCUGACCUGUCUGACACAUCGUCACCCACAUCGCCAGGCUCUUUGUCUGAAAAAGUAGCUGCAAAGGACGAUAUAAUUCUCACAGAACCCUCUUCCGUCUUUUCAACAAAUGACCCCGAGAAAGGCGUUGCACAAGAGUCUACAGACAGUAUUUCUUCUUCGACCAACCAGAUCUUGCAAGGGCGCCCAAAUAUUGGCAACUUGAUUGCGGCCGCUGCUGCUGGAAGCGGUAACUUAGAAGACCGCAUCAUUGUUGGAGCUUGUGGUCCUAGCGAGCUUAUGAGUACAACAAGGAAAGCGGUUAACGAUGAUUUGCUCAAAGGAGGCCCAUCAAUAACACUCUACACUGAGGAAUUCGAAUGGUGA